CUCCGGAGAGCGGCUGAGCUCAGAGCUGCGCUCAAGCCUCCGUCACUUUUUGGAACUUUAGCUCUAAAAACCUAACUAUUCUGGGUUAUUCGGACAUAUUCUUCUCCUGACACAUUUCUUAGGCUUUAAUACUGACGCGGAGUUUGUUUGAUCGGCCUCAUUUUCUGGACAGGAAGUUUGGACAGAAAAAACUGCUAGCGGCUAACGAUUUUUGGUUCUAGACUGGACUUAGUUUGAGCUGUCCUCACUGUGAAUGUGGCCUGAGACACAAAGACAUGGAGAAGAAGCCGGACCUACUGUAUCUUGAGCAGAAGACCACACAGUCACUCCAUAACCGGUUCUCUGAGGUCUUGUUGGAGCAGAUGACUCAGAGGAAGGUUCUGUUUAAGGGGAAUAAAAAGCUGAUGUUUCUGCGCCCCCAGAACAUCCCCAGAUCUCAGGGGACCUCUCCAAAGGGCAGUGUCUGGACUCGGAUUGGCUGGAAGAGUCCCUGGAAGCGUGGUGUCUGGAACUUUAGGAACAAAUACCAACAUGGCAUCCGCUUUAACCCUGUCCACAAAACCGGCUUCAACUCUGUCCCCAGGAGCAGGUUUAGCUCUGCCCCCAGGAGCAGGUUUCUCUCGGUGCCAAAGUCUCAGUUCAGCCUCGGCCCAAAAACGGGCACUCUGAGAGGAGUCCUGAGGAGGAGACUUCAGGGACGCGUUCGUUUGUUUAAAGCAAAGUCUGUGCAGAGCCGUCGAUGGGCGGGACCAAAGGGGAGGAGCCUGCAGAAAAAGGCAGUGCCCUCUAAGAAGCAGCUGGACGCGGAACUGGACCAUUACAUGUCCAAGACCAAGAGCCGUUUGGACGCAGAUCUGGACCGAUACAUGUCCCUAUCUCGCAAUCGACUCGACGCUCAGCUCGAUGAGUAUAUGGCCAUGGCAGGAGACGGCUCCCUAUGGCAGUGACACAGGUGCAGCUGAACCAGGACUGAACCACGAGAACUGAACCAGGACUAAAACAUGACUAAACCAGGAGGACUAAACCACUGACUAAGCAAGGACUAAACGAGGACCAAGUCAUGACUUUUUCUCUCAGGGCAGGUGUGUGUUUCAUUUAAGGGGUUUUUAUUUUCAGUUUUUUAUGUUACGCAUGUACGCAUUUAUGUGCAGUCUGGUUCUGUUGUUCCUGUUUGAUUCUCUAACCUGCUUCAUUUACUUCUGAUGCCCUCCCAUGCCCUUUCGUUUUGGGUUUGAGACACAAGGACCUUAAACCUCAGUGGUGUUCAAACUUCAGUUUUAUUUCAACAGGAAACUCUUUGGUUUUUGGUCAGUUGUCACUCAAUUGUACUUUAACCUCCCAGAUAGAAAGAUGUGGAAGCACUUUGAGUUCAUAUUUUGAGUUCAUAUUAAACCAGGAGACUAUUGUUUUAGGUUGAGCACUUUUCAAAUGAAUAAAUCAUAAAUGUGUAAAAGACAAAAGAAAAAUUGUGAAGUUUAAGUUUUUCUGGGGAAUGUUCAGAUUCAAAUUUGUCUGUUUUAAAAUAAACCUGUUGUAAUUUACCCCAGUCACUGUGAUUUUGUUAAUCUGGAUUCUGUUAAUGCGGCUGUGCU